AUGUCUUGUGGUCGUCAUCGCCGCCGAUCAAUAGUUUCUUCCACUUUAAAUUCACGCUUAAAUAAUCAGCACGAAGGUUCGAUUUCAAAAACAAAACCAGCUGAAAAAUUUCAUCAUAUAUCUCAUCGUCGCAAAUGUAACCAUGCAGGAUAUUUAACGGAACAAAUAUCACGAGAAAAUACUAUGCGUUCCGAUCGAUUUCAAAUCCUAGAUGAUCAUGGUACUGAUGUUACACCACGACUCAUAACUGAUUAUCUGCGAGUUAAUAGAAAAAAUCUUCGUGAAGAUAGAAAGUCAAGAGGAGAAGUAGAAAAUCAACUAGUGUUAGAAAAUCAAGAACAGUCUGCUUCUGAAAAAAGUAUUCUCGAUAGAACAAAUUCAACUUCAAAUCUUGUUCAUACUGCUACCGUAUUUUCUAUUGGAGAAAAAACAACACUUGAUAUAGGCACAAGAAUUAUAUUAGAAAGUGAACAUUUACUUGAUCAAACUGAAAAUGAUCGCAUAUCUCAUGAGAGUAUGAAUCAAGCAUAUCAAACAACCUUCCUACCUGGACUUGGUCUAGAAUGUAUUGAUCCAUUGAAAGAUGAUGUUGUUUUAAGUGAAAGCGAAACAAAGUUUAUUUUGGAUCUGACGAGUCAUAUUGUCUGCCAAGAAGAUCAUGAUAAAUACAAUGAAAUCAAUGAAAAAAAUAAAACUUACAUGAACUUAUGUAAAAAUCGGCAAGGCAAUGAUUUAUAUAUCGAACGUGGUAUGCAAACAUUUAAUGAUUUACGUAAACAUAAACAGAUCAUCACUGAUCCUGUGUUAACACGAUCACAACAAUCAUGGUUUAAUAUGUGGGAUCUAUAUGAUUCUGCAGUCGAAACAAAUCAAAACGAAGAUCAAAAUCAUCGUCGACAUCCAAUAUAUCGCAGUCAGGAUCUGUACGAUAAUAAAAUAAAAAAUAACGAAUAUGAGAAUAAUAUUGUAGAGGAAAAAACAUUCUCAUCACAAAAUUCACCUAGAUUCUUUUCACAAGAUUCUCUAGGCAAGAUGACUUUGCCCCAAAACAAUUGUUUUCAAUUGAAAUAUAGUACUAAAACUGAAUUGCCUGAUAUUGAUGUCGAUGCAUUUAUUAUGGAACGUAUCCUGAACUUGAAUAAUCGACCUUCGAUAAUAAACGAUAUGAAUAAUGACUCUAUCGAUAAAAAAGAUUUGUCAUCUACGAAACACUUUAUUCUGAGUCUUGAACGUUUAUGGCAUUAUAGUUGUUACUUAACACAUAAUCGAAGUGUUUCUUGCUUAUGUUGGAAUGAAAAAAAUCAUGAUUUAUUGACUGUAGGCUAUGGUAAAUUUCAAUAUAAUAAUGACAAACAAGGCCUCGUUUGUUGUUGGAAUGUCAAAAAUCCUGAAUUUCCUGAACGUUAUUAUCAAACGGAUGCUGGCGUAACAUCAUUAUCAUUUUCACUGAAACGUCCAAAUUUAUUAGCUGUUGGCUUGUUCAAUGGUAAUAUCUGCAUCUUUGAUCUUAAUCAAAAUAAUACAUCUCCGAUUGUUGACACAAAUGAAAAUGAUAAAAAACAUUCAAAACCUGUUUGGCAAAUAUAUUGGAAUGAACAAGAUCGUUUAUUUGAGAUCAACAAUAUUGAAACACUAGUAUCGAUUUCAUCUGAUGGUCGUAUGACGCAGUGGAUCCUUCGAAAAGAAUUUGAAGCCACUGAUCUUAUGCAUUUCAAAUCUUAUAAUUCAUCACAAACAACAUGCCGAGCAUUAAAAAAAGAUAACAAAACAAAUAAUAAUGGAUAUUUUUCAAAAUUGGUUGGUGGUCUUUGUUUUGAUAUGCAUUUGAACGAUAAAACCAUUUAUUUAUGUGGCACUGAUGAAGGGUCUAUUCAUCGAUGUUCAACUAUAUAUAAUGAAAAAUAUUUGGAGUCUUACAUAGGUCACACAGGUCCUGUUUAUAAAGUUCAUUGGUCUCCAUUUGCUGAAAAUAUAUUUCUAAGUGCCAGUGCAGAUUGGACAGUUCGAUUAUGGAUGAUUGGAUGUGAUCAAUCCUGUAUGAUAGUUUCAUCCUCAAACUCAAAAAUAUUUUUCGAUGCCAUUUGGUCACCGAAAUCAUCAACUAUGUUUUGUUGUGUUAGUGAAAAUACAAUUGAAAUUUGGGAUUUAUCUAAGAGCACACUUGAUCCAAUUUGCAUCGCUACUAGUACAAAUCAACGUACACUAACAUCGAUUGCGUAUGCUACAGAUUCUGAUUGCGUCUUAGUUGGAACAAGUGAUGGUGCAGUGUGGAUUUAUCAUCUAGCAAAUCUAUCUUCAUCUGCUAAUGCAAAUGAUUUGAUCACAAUCGUUCAACAGAGUUUACUCGGUCAACUUGAUUCUCGUGAAAAAACAAAUAUAUACCGAGAAACUUCGUUUACAUCGAUUCAAUCCAAUUGA